GCAAUAUCGUAUCAUAUCGUAUCGUUUCAAAAUUUUCAAUAUCGCCCAGCACUACCUGUUUUUGGAAGAAAUAGCCAAGUUUUUAGAAUCUCAAGAUGUAUUUGGAGUCACAUGGUGCACUUAAAAUGAGCAGUCGUGUCUAGUCUUGCAUCACAAGCAGUUGUAUCUCCAUCCUCCUGUUGGUCCUACUAGUAGCUAGAUGCAAGAUAUCUGUCACUCUUAAUCAAUACAUGGUCCAUAUUUUAUUAAGAGAGGUAGAAUCUGGGAGUAUGUAUACUAGAUUCUCCCUUAGAAGAUCUUCAGAGGCUGUGCAAGAAAUACUCACCUUUCUCUACUACUUUUAUGUUUUGCCCUGGAAUUCCAGUAAGAAAGUAUGAUGAGUACCAGGCAAUAAUUCACUUUGAUAUCAAAGGUGUUCGUAAGACUAUGAUUCCUUUUACUUGAAUUGAUUCCAUCACAUGUGAAAUGUGGCAUGAACUACCAAGAAAUUCUAGCCAAAUGAAAAGGAAGUCAGAGGAAUUGCUUUGUUGUCAAAGUGUCUGUUUGAAAUGCAAUUUGGAGAGGCAAGUGAGGCGUACAAGUGAAGAGAGCCCUUCGAAAAAGUUAAAGAGACAGUGUGCUACAUCAAGAGCUAGGUUGACAUAUAUGUCACCCAAUAGUCAAGUGAAGAGAAAGGCUAGCCAAAAGAUUUCAAAAGACAGCAUGUCACGGAAGCUUAAUCAGUAUUUUGCUGAAAAGGUCACUUUCGAUGAGGAACAGAAUGAAGAAUUGAACAAUGUUAUGACUGUAAUUAAAGAUUCUGGGAAAAAGGCUAUAAAUGGAGCUCAAUUACAAUUAGAAUGGUAUACUUUUUAUUUCCAUGCACUUGUUUUAUUAUUAAGAUUAGCUUUAGUAGUUUUCACGUGUAGCCCUACAGCAUAUGAUGCCUUAAAGUCUUUUAGUAUACUGCAACUUCCCUCUCGAUCCACACUUCUAGCAUACAAAGGGGCCUUUCUACACCAAUGUGGAGCUAAUCAUGAAAGUAUUGCUGAUCAGGUAGCUCAGUUUAUAGUCUGUUGCAAAUAUAGAAGAAGAGAAUGGAGACAGGAAUCAAAGAAUGUAGGUGUACUAAUCUUUGAUGAGGUGAAGGUGAUGAGUAGGCUGAUCUGGAAUUCCAGAAGUCAGACCAUCAUUGGAUUGUGCAUGACACAUGAUCAACAGUCAUCUCUGUCUGAUAUAUACCAGCUACUUUCUAAUGAAAGUAAAUUUCAGCAAACAUCAUACAUACUCCAGUUUUUAUGGAGAGAUCUGGCAGGAGAUUUUGACAUCAUCGGCCCUUAUUUUACAAGCUCAAAGACACUUGAAAGCAAAUUUAUUUAUUCAUGUGUCAUGGAAACAGUUAAACUGUUUCACUUGCAUGGGCUUAAGACUCUUCUGCUGGUUUGUGAUGGCACAUCUGUAAAUUUAACAACUCUUAAAGCAACUCAUAGUCAUUUUGGAGUGUAUCCCAUUACAAGUGGUGAUGAUCAUGAACCUUUCAAAGUCAGUCCCAAAAUGCUAAAUCCUUUUGAUCCACCGAACCACAUUCAUUGGAUGAUAUGUCCUAGUCAUCAACUCAAGAAUAUAAUCAACAAACUUUUCUCUUUGCAACAAAAUGGAACAAAAGACUUUACAUUGAAAGGUGUGGAAUUUGGAUGGGAAACUAUUGUUUCGCUUUAUAAGCGAGUUUGUGAGAGAGUGAGUAAAGGCCUAACAAGAAUGGUAUACCUAAAAUGAAAGAGGCUUAUGUCAUUCGAGAUGCUUGGACGAAGUUAAAUGUUGCUCCAGCAUAAAUAAUGCAGCAAGAUCAUGUUCUAAUGGAGUUGUCCAAUUAUAUUCAAGAAAACCCGAAUGCCGAUGAUGUGUGCAGUGUCAGUAUUACUCUGAAGUUCUUGGAAGCCUGUCAAAACUUUUUUGAAGAUGGUUUGUUAUCUCAUUCAAGAGUCACUCACAUGAAAUCAGAUGUCAUAUGUUCAGUUGAAGAAGGAUACUUGUUUUUUUUUACAA